ACCGUCUACCUGAGGCUUUCACCUCUCCUUCAAAUCAUGGCCGGCAUUAAGACCAUCAUCGGCCUUUCCUUCAUCCUGGCAAUAGGCUUCCUCCUCGUCAUUUUGAGUGCCGCACUCUUCAAAAACUACCUUACCCUUCUCGUCGUCGCAACUUACGUUAUCGCACCGCUGCCGAAUUGGCUAUGCGGGCGCGCCGCCAACCACGAUGAUUUCAUGGAAAGCUCGGGAAGUGGAGUCGUGGACUUUGGAAGGUUCCUGACUGGAUUCUUCGUGGUGAUGGGUAUCGCCCUUCCAGCUCUUUUGUAUCAUUCUGCGACUAUCGAAGGCGGCGCAGCGGCCAUGUCGGUUGUCGGCGGUCUGUUGAUCUACGCUACUAUUAUCAGUUUCACGCUGUUCUUCCAGGAGGACCAAGAUUUCUGA